AAAUACAAGCCAGGAUAUGCUCGCCUCCAAGCUGCGCCGGUGCUUCUCGACCGAGGCCGCAACGAGCGCGCUCCACACGCUCUUCGCCUCGGUGGCGGCCCAUGAGAUGUCGGCCGACGACGCCAUGGCGCAAUGGCGGCACGUCGAGUACGAUGCGCUCGAGGCCUUUGCCAAGAUCGACGGGCAGCGAGCGGCGCGGACGGGCUUCCCCGAGGUCGUUUACGCCGAGGGCAAGACGUCUUUGCAAGUAGCCUCGAUCUUACUAGCGAUGCAAAAGUCCACUGACGUGGUCAUGGCCACUCGCGUCAGCGCCGCGAUGGCCGCCGACGUCCUCGCUGAGCCUGGCCUCGAGGUACCGGCGUCUCUCUUCGAUUCGUCGUUGUUGCAGUGCAUACGCGCCCUCAAUGAUGUUGCACAGAUUGUCUGCGUCUUGUGCGCCGGAACUUCCGACUUGCCCGUCGCAGAGGAGGCAGCCGUGACGCUCGAGCUCGCGGGUCUCGACGUGCGGCGCAUCUAUGACGUGGGGGUUGCCGGUCUGCACCGACUCUUGCGCCACCGCCGCGCAGUCGAGGACGGCGACGUCAUCAUCGUCGUGGCCGGCAUGGAUGGAGCACUGCCGGGUGUCGUCGGAGGUCUGACGACCAAGCCGAUCGUUGCCGUGCCCACCAGCGUCGGGUAUGGCGCAGCAUUUGCGGGGCUUGCGCCGCUGCUUACGAUGCUCAACGCGUGCUCGCCGGGCGUCGGCGUCGUCAACAUCGACAAUGGAUUUGGCGCCGCCGUACUCGCCCAUCGCAUCGUCGCUGCGCACCCCAAGACGCCAUCGACGUAA